AUGGGCGGCAGCCCCGAGGACAAUGCACACAGCCGCUCCGCCUGCACCGAGUGCCAGCGCCGCAAGCAAAAGUGCAACCGCGUUUGGCCUUGCAACCACUGCCAGAAGCGCAAGGUCGCCGACAAGUGCCGCUUCACCAACAACCAGCCCACUCCCGACAAGGGCGCCGGCCAGGACACGGGCCGCAAACGCCAAUUGAGCCAUGAUGACUUGACCGACUCGAGCGAUACUAACCCCUGGGAUGACGGCGAGAGCGGCUUCGAGGCCCUCGGCUACACCCCCGCUCACCUCUUUUCUGGCCUCGCCACCGAGCAAAGGCAGUUCGAAAUGGACUCGGACUCGUGCCCUCAGCUCCACCGAACCCUCCAAGUUCUGCCUCCUCGACCCUACACAGACUCUCUCGUUCAAAACUUCUUGGACAAUGUCAAUUACCACUACUACAUCAUCUACCCUACUUCUUUCCUGGAAGACUACCGCAAUUGGUGGGCUGCGAGGUCGGCCAACAAGCCCCUCGGCCUUCAGUGGACUUGUCUCCUUCUCAUGGUCUGCGCCUGCUCUGCCCAGUACACCGACGUCGAGCUGCAGCGCAAGCUCGAGCACGACAUGGGCGAGACGACACAGACGCUCACGGAAAAGUACCACAAUGCCGCCCGCGAGUUGCACAGCGUCAUCCCCGUCGGCAACAACCACAUCUUGAACGUCCAGUCCCUGCUGCACUCCUGCUACUGGUACAAGUCCGAGGCCCGCUUCGUCGAGUGCUGGCACGUCCUCAGCACCGCCAUCAGAGAGGCGCAGGAGCUGGGCAUCCAUCAAGAGCCCGUCUCUGGGCCCAUGUCCGAGUUUGAGCGCGAGAUGCGCAGGAGAAUCUGGUGCAUCCUCGACACUUGGGAUUGGCAAAUCUCGGCCCUGCUGUCCCGCCCAAUGAUCAUCGAUCGUUCUGACUGCCAAGUCGGCCUGCCCAGCCUCAAGCUUGAGGGCUACUCGCCGUCGCCUCUGAUGCACAUGAAGCUGCAGUCGGAACUCAUCACCCAACUGUCUCGUCGCUUCGGGCUUCCCAAACACGUCGCCAGCCCCUCCGACGUCAGGGAUUACCAGGCCAUCAUUGAAACGUGGAUGAGCAGCUUCCCCCCAAGCUACGCUCUCAACAACCCCGACCACAGUGCCGACUUGCAGCGGCCGUGGAUCGUCCUGCACCGGCACUACCUCCACACCAUGUCCUUUUCGAUGCUGCUCGACCCCAUUCGCGCGUACCUGGCGAAGCCGAUGACGGCGAGCUCACCCCCGGACGAACUGAGGAUCCGCAGCGACGGCAUCAACUAUUGCCUGAGGCUCAUGAGCGCCCUCUACGGCUUCUUCGACCACGUGUACCCGAGGGACGCCAAGUUUCACUUUGUGCUGUUUUGCAUCUUCGACACCGCCGCUGUCCUCUGCUCGGCCCUCAUGCACGACGAGGACGGUAGCACCCCUCGGCGCGACGACAUCCUCGGCGCCAUUGACGGAGCGGUCGCGAUGCUGAAGCGCCUCAACAACGCCACGAAAACGGCCAAGACAUCGUACGACAUCCUCCUCCGCGUCUCCCAGCGAGUGACGAGGCCCGCUGCGACGGCGCCGCCCCAUUUCCCCUCGGGCAAGGGGCGUCAGAGGAAGACACCCAGGGUGGGGGGGCUGGCCACGACGCCGCCGUGCGGGCGCCAAGUCGAGUUGGCCGUAGCCAGCGACGCAGGCUCCGUCGAGUCAUACGUCUCGUACAACAGCAUGCCGUCCCAGAGCGGCAUCCUCGUGUCUCACACACCCAGCCCCCACUCGAUGUCGCCCGUCGACCGCAAGUACUAUGGCGGAGCGGUCGUCUGCCCGACGGCGUCGCCACCUGGCGGCAUGAGCGUCGACGGGUCCGUGGCUCUGUCGACGUCUCCCGUCGACCACAUGAGCGCGCACGGGUAUGGUCACUCAACACCCUAUCUCAACAUGACGCCACCCAUGGAGGAUGUGUACCAACCAGUCGAGUUUGGCAACAUAACCCAGCAGGAGCUGGGGGACCUGGCUUCAUUGUGGAACUACGAGAGCCUCAACUUGUAUUUUAUCGCCCCGCAGCCCUAG